GAAACAUCGGACAUUAUUGCCCAGGCCACUCCAAAGUCACUGGUUAUCCUGGAUGAGCUGGGCCGGGGUACUAGUACCCAUGAUGGUACGGCCAUUGCUUAUGCUACGCUGCAUCACUUUAUUAGUAAGGUAUGUGUUCUAGACGUUAAUUCCGUGUUUUCAUAUUCUAGACUGAGCUUGCUGAAAUUGUGCGCCGAUCUCACCUGGGAAAGGUCGGUAGACGCUUUAUCAAAAGCUAUCCAUUACUCAGUCUAGUGUACGAGAGGUAAACCUGAUCUUUAUCGUGCAAGCCAAAAGCUCGUUCAGGGCAUGGAAAUCUUAAAUUAUCUAUGAGGUUAUUCACCACUGGUAUUUGGUUAUUUUCCUCGCCACGGCAGCGAGCAGAUGAUGGGGUGCUGUCUUAAACAUUCAAAAACGAUUUCGAUAUAUUUUCUUCUCACCGGUAGGUGUCCAGCCUGACCCUAUUUGUAACAACGCACUAUCCGUCACUGGCCGAGCUAGAAGUAGCUUUUCCAAAGCACAUUACUAACAAUCAUAUGGCCUUUGAGACGUCACAAGAGCAACAGAGUGACCAACAGUGCCCUGAGGGAGGGGAGGGAGAGUCUAUACCUUCAGUUACUUUCUUGUAUCACGGGGUAAAUGGCGCUGCUGCUAGAAGCUAUGGGUUGAAUGUGGCACGUCUGGCAGGAAUUCCAAGUGAAAUCCUUAAAACGGCCGCCAAAAAAUCACACGAAUUGGAAAAUCAAAUCACCCAUCGGCGGUAG